AUGGCUUGCUCUUGCUGUACUACCACUACCACUACCGUCUUCAUCUGCUCCUAUGGCUACCGCGAAGCCACUCAGACCAUUUGCAUGCCUGGUAACUCUGCUCCUGCUCCCACCGGCUUCGCUGAGGAUGCGUCCAUGGUCUCUCGUGGUUCCUCGCGUUCCCACCGCUCUCAUCGUAACAACCCUUCGGUCGUCGAGUCGGAGCGCCGUAGCUCCCGCUCGGUAGCCCCCAGCCAUGUCAGCCGUCACUCUCAGUCUCAGGCCCAAGGUCAGCCCACCGCCCGUCUUGACUACUGGCUUGAGUCGGUUCCUGGGGGCAACCCCGCUAGCGCUGUGCCCCAACGUCUCCUUCCUGCGCCGAGCUCCCGCCGUGGAUCUGAUAUGGGCUCCUCUCGCUCUGAUUCUCGCUCCUCCCAUGCGUCGUCGCGUCGCUCCUCGCAGGUCUCGUCCUCCUCCCAUCGUUCUAGCACCCUUGCUCCGGAAGAUAGUGCCUCGCAGGCUCCUAGUCGGGUGUCUAGACGCUCCUCGUCUACUCGCUAUACCUCUGAGCAGUCCUAUCCUGACUCCUAUGUUACCAGUGAGCGCUCCCAUCGCUCGUCUCGUUCUCAAGGCGCUUCGACCUGCUGCGGUCCUAACUGCAAGCAUCGCCACUGA